AUGAUUGUUGCUGAACAACUAGCCAAAGCAAAUCAUCUCAGAAACCUCCAGCAGAUACAAGAAGAACUGGCAAUGAGUUGGUUAAUAGCGGACAAGGUUGAUGACGCUUAUGCAGUGGAUCCAAAUGAUACUAUGGGAAAUAUGGCUGCAGAUGUCGCUAUUAGUGGCUCAGAUGAAAAUGAACUGUUUUUGUUGCCAUUCUUCGAUGUCACAGUCGAUAGAAUUGUAUAUAUCUUGAAACUGAUCAAUAUGGACAAAAUAAUGGGAGACUUGAUCACGUACCUUCGAAGGGACGCUUCCACAGUAGCUGGAGGUUUCAGAACCAUAGUCCGUGCUGCAUGUGUUUUACUGCGUGCAUAUACGGAUGCGCAGUUGAAGAAAGCUAAUUAUGAUCAUUUGAAAAUUUGUGUGGACCUGGAUGCUGUGCUGUAUGGGAGAUUACUCGAUCUUGCACAUGUGGACAUUCCUCUGGACACAUUCCGAAGACAGGACAAAUCAAAUGUUGUGCGUAGCCUCGUAGCUCCUGGUACACGAUGGACCCCUCAACUCGCCUUCCUUGUGGCAUCUCUCAUUGUGGAUAAUGAGAUCGCUGACAGAUCAGUCGUGGAAACUGUGCUGAACAGAUUGCAAGCCGCGCAGAAACGGGAAAUGUUUGUCACGUUGCUGACGUUCUGUCGGUAUGUGCUUCAUAAAUCUGCUUUGGAACGCAGGAGACAAGCUUUUCUGGCCCUUUGUGAUGUAAAUAGCAGAACGUGGAGUGGGCGGUUACGAAUUCUUCGAGAUUUGUUUGGAUGAUA